AUGGAAACAAAAUGGAACAAUAUUUUUAGGCCUAAUAUUUUACCUCCUGGCUCAUAUCCAAGUGCUCCAGGAAAUCAACCUCAAUUAGGUACUAUUACAAAACCACCAUAUCAAACAGACGAAGAAGACGAUAAUGACGACACUGAAAGUUAUAGAAAUUAUAAUGUACCACAACAAACUCUAUCAAAAGCACAACCAAGAGGUACUAUUAACAGCGAAGAUACAUAUGCAAGUAGCCCGAGUUUUUCACCUGGUAAAAUGAAUCCUUCUAACGCUCCACCUCGAGGUACAUCGACUGGUUUUUCAUCCGAUUCGCCCCUUAAUAAUAAUAGGAAUCCUUCAUCAAACAUCAAUAAUAGUCCCGCUUCACGUUUUCCAUCACAAUCAAACUUUCCAGUUAUUCCAACAAUUGUAAAUGCUUCCGUAGUAAACCCUACACCUACAUCAAGAAAUAAUCCUCCACCAUCGUUCAGUGGUUUACCUCCUGGUAUGAAUCCAAAUGAAUCAGCCACAUCUGCACCAAAUAAUCCUUCAUCAUCACUUGGUGGUUUUCCACCAGGUAGGAAUACCAAUCAGUCAUCUGCAAUUCCAGCAACAAACCCAAUGCUAUCACUUUUUGGAGGUGCUCCACCAAGUACGAAUACAAAUCAGUCAUCUACAAUUCCGGCAACAAAUCCAAUGCUAUCACUUUUUGGAGGUGCUCCGUCAGGUACGAAUACUAAUCAAGCACAAACGUCACCACAACAACAACCAUUAACAAAUGAUAUACAACCUCCGAUGAAUAAGUUGGUAUCUGCAAUGAAAACUAAUCAAAUGUCACCACCUUCAGCAACAACUAUUCCGCAAUUACAUCAAACUGGUGGUCCUUCACUAGAUAGGAAUACAAAAUCAUUCCCUUCAACACAAAUUGCUCGAAUGAACGAUACAAAUAAUCCCAUGAAUACUCAACAAGGAUCUUUAAUAAACCGUGAACCAUCAUUUCGAAAUCGAGCAUAUGAUGAUGAUAAUGUAUCUCGUCUUGAACUUGAUUAUCCAAUUGAAAAUGUUCUUGUAGAUGCGGGUAUUCCUGCAACAGUGGCUAUUAAAAUUAAUGAAAUUGUUGAACAAGAUCGUCUUGGUAAAGCUUAUCAUAUUCGUCGUUAUACAUAUGAACCACCAGUACAACGAAUAUCUAUUGGUAAUAAUCAAUAUUUGAAUCGUCGUUUAAAUACUGAUACAUAUUAUGGUGGUACAAGAUAUAUACGUGAAAUUCAAAAUGAUGAUCGAAAUGUAGUAUAUGAUAACACGUAUGAUCCUCAAAGAUCAAAUAAAUACUAUCAACGACGUCGUUCUUAUUCUGAAUCAUCAUUAAACCGAUACAUUGAUCAAUUGAUUCAAACACCAGGUAGCAUUGUUAUUCAAGCAGAAAAUUACCAGAAUUUACAAGAUAUACUCGGUCAAUAUUUAUAUAAUGAUGCAAUAAUGCCGACACAAUCAUCCAUAAGUCCUCCAUAUCUUCCUCUUCCGCCGCCUCCUCCUCCUCCUUCUCUUCCUCCUCCUCUUCCAUUAAACACAAGUACUGCUGUGGAUCCACUUUUCUAUUUUACAGCAUGUGCUUUACCCAAUGAUCCAAUACGAUAUUGUUAG